UGUCACUUUCGUGAUUGAGUCACGACAUUCCCACACAGCAGCGGCAGAGGUUUGCAACGUGGGCGACAGGCGCUGAUAAAUGGAGGUCGACUGGUGCGUGAAUACGAAACAAGCAGCAUGGAGGAAUGCGUGUGCCACUGCGUUGCUGACAGAGGAGUUCAUUAUCAAACCACUUUCACUCAAGUUGUCCGCCUGAAAAAGAAGAGCCGCCUGCUAAUGGCUCCGAUUUCAGUCGUGGUGCUCCUCCUCCUCACCUCAGCAGCCGUGGGUCUGCUGCUCGUGUUUGGGCUUAUGAAGCAGCCUGACAGUCAUUCAUCAGGCAUCCACCUCAAACAGCAGCAAAUCAUAAACUUCACGAAUCCAAGUGCCAUGCUAACAGUUGGCAGUAACAUUAAUAGCCAAUACCUUAAAUGGGAGAGUGAGUUGGGAUUUGCCUACUGUCAUGGAGGUUUCAACUACUACAAUGAGAAGCUUGUGGUGCCCAGAGACGGCAUCUACAGAGUCUUCCUGCAGAUCACCUAUGAGGGUGUGGAUGUGUGCCUCGAUGACCUGAGACUUUCUAACAAUGUGUUUUAUAUACAUGAUAGUUACAAUGACAGUGUGCCUUUGCUGUCAUCAGUCGACACAGUGAAUUGUAGCAUGAAGCAAUGGCGUAAAUCCAUUUAUACGGCUGGUUUGUUUAAGCUGGAGGCUAACAGCAGACUACAUGUGACAUCAUCGAACCAUAGACUUAUUGUAGAAGAUGAAAAGCUGGUGUUCUUCGGUGCUGAACUUCUAGCUCAGUAAUCUGCUCAGACAGCUAGAACCAUCCAAAUGAAUCUUUAGUUUGCCUGUACCCUCCGCUCCAUAAAACCCUCAGAAAACCAGUGAAGUUAUGGUUGUCCUUAAUUAUUACAGGUAAGGAAAAGUCUAAACCAAGGUAGUCAAGUUUUUCUCUGUUUCAUUUGUUUGUCAACUGAAUAUGAUUCUGAUUUGCAAUGGAAUGUGAUAUGUUGGUCAAAUAAAGCGACCAAUUUGAGGAGGUAACAUUGGGAUCUGGAAAUAGUGGUGCAUGUUAGUAUGUAUUUUCUGACAUUUCACAGCCUCAAAAACAGAUUGCAAGCAGAAAUAGUAAAGGUUUAAGCUUGAGAGUGCUGAGAGAUAUCAUGGGUAUCUGCCGAUUAGAUUUUGACAUUUCUUGUCUACAAGAUGUAACCUCAGAAGGUCACCCGAAGCAUUAGGAUUCAUUAUAUAGGGAAAAUUCGACAGCAUUCACAAUGUUAGUUUUGUGCUGUUGGGUCGUUAAAAGCUAGAUGCACUUAGAAAUACCUGUUUUGUCUAAGGUGGAUACUGUAGAGACAAUUAGGAAUUUCAGGUCUUUUGUUGCUGUGAGAGUUUAAUCCUUUGAAAGGAUAAUGUGAAUUGUUGUGCUCACAGGAUAUAGUGAGCCCUGUCUCUAUUUGGACUUCACAGGCAUUCAUAUCACAUGGUCUAUCCCUCUCAGCUCAGGUUAGGGGUUGGAAAUGCAAUCAAUGUUUACUAGUCAAGUGAUUGGUAAUUAUUGCUAGUAACAUGUACAUUGUAUAUCACAAGCAUGUUUUAUCUGAAAGUAAUACGUAUUUUAGGACAUUGGUUAUUCAGUACAUACCAUGUAACUAUGUAUGUAAGCUUGUCUGGUUGGCAAAACAAUACAAGGCUGAAUCACUCAGUUAUUAUUUGUUCAUGCAUUACAAUGUGUAGCUAGGCAACUUAGAGGGUUUGAUAAGGAAGGUCCGAAUAGUUGAACAAUAUUUAACAGGCAGGCUAACACAAAUAAACACACAAAACCUAGCACACCCAUUCUGUCCUGCUGCCAUGGUAAAAUAUUUGUGGUAUGACUAAUCAGGUUUAUAACCUGCUGGGCUAUUAUUAGUUGAUACAUGCAGAAUGACUUUCACCAGUGACUAAGUAAAGAUUGCUACCGUAGAUGUGCUUUGUGUUGGAAUGUUGGAAAGUAUUGCAAUUGAUGUUGUCUUCAGAAUGAUGUAGAAUCAUAUUUAAAACAGCGUUAUGUCCACAUGAGCAGUGUCUGGUUGACCCAGGCAUGGCGUCAGUAGAAGAGCUGCAUCAAAUAGAAUGCUUUGUAAAAGCCAAGAAUUUAGAGCAAAUUAAACCUGUUGUGUAUGAAGGAGUAGCAGUUGUAUUAUUAUUAUUAGUUUUAGAGUCAUGAUGUCUAAAAUCAACAUAUAUAUCCUUGGGUUUUUUCAUAAUAUUUAAAAUUGCCUUUUUCUUUAAUAAUUAUCUGUAUUAGGACCAUAUAACAUUUUACCUCCUUCAUUUGGCUAAAAAACUCUGUCACCUGCAAACUUGUAUGUGACAGUUUUCAAUGUCACUGCAGCAUGCAGUCUGGGGACGAAAUAAAGUUGAUGUUGGAGUUAGUCCAGAGAAAUGUUGAGCAACUCUCACUCUGAGAGAUCACUUGGUGAGGAAGUCCAAGAUCUAGCCAGCAAUGUUAGUGUCCAACCUGAAACGCUCAACAGGCAUGUGAAUCAGCAGCAGAGUGAUGGUUCAGACCCUGAACUCUCCUGUAUAUUGGAACUUCAGAAAUGUUCUGUGCUGUCCAGAAGUUCCUUUUCAAUCAACUUUUCAGAAGAUUUCAUAACAAGUGAGGUCAAGGCUACAGGACUGUAUUCAGUGUCUUAGUAUUAUUAUGUGACAAAAUACGAUGUCAUAAAUGUGGUGAUGGAUUACAAAGGCAUGUGUGUUGAUGGAUUUGUUUCACUGUGGGGUUCAUUGUAAACUGAUAUAUAAUAUAAUAUUAUCAUACAAUACAUAAUGUAUGGGAAGAACUUUCUCUAUUUUUGUAAGUUGCUGUUGUGUUAUAUAAAAUGAUUUAACAAGG